GAUGGCAGCACAUCGACUCAAAAUUUUACCAUUAAGUUUCCCAUCUAUUCACAUUAGUAAUCUAUGAUCCUACCAUUAGAAGUCAAAGAGUAUGGAAUAAUUGAAAGAGCUUGAAUUGCCGAAUUCGACUUAUUUUGACGUAUCUGUCAGAAUCAACCGUCAAGUCAAGAGUGAGGAUUUAAAAAUUUAAAAGUUGUUUUUGUUUACAAUUAUUUUAAAGCAGCAAGUAGUGCAGCAUGGAUUCCUUUUUUGAAGGCCCGAGAAAUGCUCCAGAACCAAUUUCCAUUGAAAAAUUUGCUUACAGACCCAGCGCACCCGAAGUAUCAAUGAUCUGUAACAACAAAACUCCUAUAGAUAAUUUUUGUCAUAACGAUUCAUGGAAGCGACAUCACCAAACGGAAAAGCAUGAUUUUCAACAGAAUUGCGUACCGGGUGGGUAUAGGAACUUGCAAGAACAAUUUUCUAAGAAGCAAGUUAGAUUUGAAAGCCCGGUUCUGCAGGAAAAGCCCGCUUUUAAUUACCCACAUUGUAAAAAGCCGGUGGAGGCUAAUCACACAGAUUUUGGCGAGUUUAGUGCAGCCCGUAAGCAGCAAUUGAACGUUCUCAAAUCUAACAGUCCGAAACCGUUUGAGAGAAUAUACAUGGCAAAUAUUCCGGAUAGGAAAUUAGAUUUAAGUCUUUUAGACAUACCCAAACCAAUUGAAAGCAAAAAUAUUCAUAGCAGGAAAGAAAUUAAUGAAUUAUCAGAAAAAAAAGAUAACAGUGAUGAUGCUGAGGUUAAAAAAGAAGAGACUCUAAAGAAUUUCAAAAGUAAAAAUGAUGUACAAGUCGAAAACAAGGAAAACUGCAUGCCGAAAACUUACCAUGACUUUUUAGAAUUACAGAAAAAAAUGACCAUUAGAAAACAUAAAGAACAUAACGAUUCUGUGACAGAUAUUUUUAACUAUAAGAAGAGUAAGCAAUCAUUAAACAACAAUUUGUAUUCAAAAAACGAUGUUAAUAUUGUUCAAAAAUCAACAGAUAAUCAAAUUUUAUAUGAUAGAUAUCACGAUUAUGGUCAAUAUCAAAGUUAUAGACCUGCAGAUACAAAUCUAGAUCUGGUGAAGCAUAAAUAUGACUCUGAGACCCAAACUGAUGUUGAAGAUGAUGCAAAUUCAAGGGCUUUACAGAAUAAAAAAGAUUGUGAACCAUCUAAUACUGAUUUAUUGAAAAUUAUAGCACAGCAGAAUGAGCAGUUAUUGUUACUCCAGAGGCAGGUAGCAAUGUUAUUAGAUAGAGAAACCAAAUAUCCUAAAUCGAUCGAAGCUCCAACGGAACCAGUUACCCAAAAAAAUGACAAUAGAAAAUACAGUAACAGUAACGCGUCUACGCCUCAGAAAAAUCACUUUAGACAAGAGAAUACGAUAACCCAGCAAGCCGGUAUAUUCCAAGACAACCAAAGAAAAUGGGGAAUGUCCAAAUUUUCUAUAAAUUUAACCACCAGCUUCGAGAUGCCCAUGAGGGGUCAGCAGAAGCAACAUUUCGUAAACCACGAACCCAAAAUUCAGGAACUUACAGAAUCCGACAUGUCUCCAAAAACGGACAAUCUAGAACCGUCGUUCCGCUUACAAGAACCGUUAAACGUCAGAGAAGAGUGUCCGAGCCCCCAACCCAGCAUCAACAUCAACAUGAACGAUUACGAAAGUUCAGAUGACGAAGAACUGGUUUCGGAAAUCGGCGCGACGUUCUACAACAAUUUGAUGGGACAAGUCAACAACAUGUUGAAAAAAGCCAAAAUAGAAACGAACGGAACCAGCGAAGACGAAAACAAGAAGAGCCGAAUGUUGAAUAAAGUAAAAGAAGCGACUUUGAAGCAUUUAAAGAGCAUAGGAAUCAGCGUGGAGAGUUAUGAAGUACCUGAUAAGGAAAUAAGCAAUAAUUACACCCCGUCCGAAAUCAGUUGUACCGUCAAACAACUUCUGAUGAAAUAUUUACCUGCUGAUUACCAUAAGAAACACGAAACUCCUGUUGCAGUCCAAAAAGAACCUGGACAGGCAUUUUUAGCGGCUAGACCGGAAUUUUCUAUAGCCAGUUUGGAGUAUAUGCGAAAGUAUAAUUUGAUUCCUUCUAAGGAUACUGUUCCUGAUUUCGUUCAGCCUGUUAAAGCCGCACAACAACAGGAUUGGAAUCGAGGUGAUAAUAGGAGGAUAUUGGAUUUGACGGCGUUGAAAAUGCAACCUAAACUCAUGUGAUUUUAUUGUUAGUGAUAUGACGACGCGACGUAAUGUUAAUUGAUUGUACAUAUUUUCUUUAUUAUAUAUCUUAUAAGAUAAAAAUAUCUUGUAUUUUUCCCUAAGUCUUAUUUAAGCAAUUCGUAUACCACAUGGGAGGAUAAUAAGCCCGCUGGCUUUAUUGCUCACGUAAAUGUAUAGAAUCAAAAUUUUACUCUUAUUUUAAGUAGGGUAAUAGGGACAGAGACUCACUAAUAAUAGUAAUUAAUAAACAGUUUAUUAAUAAUUUCUCAAAAUGUUACUAACAUUUUUAGUAAUUGAGCAAAAUUUAGCCAUAGACUAUUAUUACAUCUAACUUUUCUUAAUUUAGAACAUAC